GCCACUGAAGACAACACUGUAAAAUGAUUAAGAUCUGUUUUGAGCGUCCUGACUCACACAGGUACUGUAUCGUUGAUGUGCCAGCGAAUCCUCGAGGACCAGUCACGAGAUGGAUGGACAGUGGGAGAGCAGAGAGAGAGAGAGAGAGAGGAGAGAGAGAGGAAUCAGUGUAAAGAAGGGUGCAGGGGCGAACAGGACUCCAUCCGGAGACGAGGAGGUGGAGGAGAGAGCAUCAUUUGGAGUGGACACUCCCACGCGUGGACCAGUGAAGGCAAAGGAGGAAACAGGAAGACUUGCUGGGAAAAAACAUACAAGAACAGAGAUAGAGUAUCCAAACUCCACACAGGAAGAUUGGAGAAAAACAGAAAGAACAAGAGGUUGGACAUCCGAGAACGAGGACGGGAGCGGGGAUUUAAGCCUUUCCUGUGCGAGUCAGCGCACACGUGUCCCACCAACCGCGUGACCGGGCAGGGGGAGGCGGGGCUGUUCGGUGGCGGAACUCGGCGUCGCACGCUGAUGCCGGAGAGGAGGAGCAUGGGCGGGCCGCACCCGGCGGUACUGGUGGUGGGGGCGCUGUUGCUGGGACCCCUGGUGGGCGCACUGGACGUCCCGCUAGACCUGCCGCAGCCCCCCACCAUCACUCACCAGUCCCCCAAGGAUUACAUCAUCGACCCGCGGGAGAACAUCGUCAUCCACUGUGAGGCCAAAGGGAAGCCUCAUCCCAGUUUUUCCUGGACGAGAAACGGAACCCACUUUGACCUGGAGCAGCACCCCAACGUGCACAUGAGGCCCCACUCGGGGACGCUGGUGGUGGACAUCAGCCGGGAGCGGGCGGAGCACUACGAGGGCUGGUACCAGUGCACGGCGAGGAACAAACACGGGACCGCCGUCUCCGACGACAUCGUGGUGCGGCAGCCCCUUGAGUUUAUCAUCUUAAGGGCGGUCCUGAAAGGGUCGCCUUUGUGGUCCAAAGAGAAGAUCAAGCCGAUCGUCAUUCAGGAGGGCGUGUCCUUGGUGUUGCCAUGCCGACCCCCUGCCGGCUUUCCUCCCCCCAUCGUCUUCUGGAUGGACAACAACUUCCAGAGGUUGCCCCAGAGCAACCGGGUGUCCCAGUCCCUGAACGGAGACCUCUACUUCUCCAACGUGCUCCGCGAGGACUCCAGGAGCGACUACAUCUGCUACGCUCGCUUCCCGCACACGCAGACCAUCCAGCAGAAGCAGCCCAUCACCGUCAAGGUCCUCAACCUGGACGCGAUCAAUGAAACAAUGGAAGCUUUUUACAAUGACACUGAUUUAUUUAGUGAAGACCCGGUGGACGAGAGGAAGCCCGCGUUCCUUAUCCCGUCCGGACCGACCAGUUCCAAAAUGGUGCUACGUGGUCAGGUGCUGGAGAUGGAGUGCAUUGCGGAAGGAUUGCCCACUCCUGACAUCUCCUGGGCCAAAGUGAGCGGCGAGCUCCCGACGGCGCGCGCCUCGGUCCUGCAUCACCAGAAAAUCCUGCGCAUCGUCAACGUGUCGGAAGCGGACGCCGGCGACUACCGCUGCACCGCCAGGAACCGACUGGCCUCAGUCCACCACACCAUUCAGGUGACGGUGAAAGCUGCCCCAUACUGGAUCAGCGGCGCUCCCCGGAACCUCAUCCUGGCCCCGGGAGAGGGUGGGUCGCUCAUGUGCAGGGCCAGCGGCACGCCCAAGCCCAGCAUCCAGUGGGCCAUGAAUGGCAUUCCCAUCGAAUACGCUCCAAAGGACCCCAGCCGGAAAGUGGAGGACGACACCAUCAUCUUCACCGAGGUGCUGACGGGAUCCAGCGCCGUGUACCAGUGCAACGUCUCCAACCAGCACGGCUACCUCCUGGCCAACGCCUUCGUCAAUGUCCUGUCCGAGCCGCCCAGAGUGCUGACGCCGGCUAACAAAGUCUACCAGGUCAUCAAGAACCACAGAGCCCUCCUGGAGUGCACUUCCUUCGGCUCCCCCAAACCCCAAAUUACUUGGUUCAAGGAGAGUCGUUCCGGCACGCUAGACCCUGAGACGCACAAGGAGCACGACAACGGCACUUUAGAGAUCCGUGUGGCUCAGCCCAAGAAUAGCGGAAAGUAUACCUGCGUGGCCCGGAACUCUCUCGGUAUCUAUGAGAAUCAUGUGCACCUGGAAGUCAAAGAACCGACCCGCAUCCUGAGGCAACCCGAGUACCGAGUGGUCCAGCGCGGCAAGUCCGUGGUGUUCGAGUGCAAGGUCAAACACGACCCCUCGCUCACGCCCACUAUGACGUGGCUCAAAGACGACGGGGAGCUGCCCGACGACGAGAGAUUCGUAGUGGACGCCGACAGCCUGACCAUCGGCGACGUGACGGAGAGCGACGCCGGCGUGUACACGUGCAUCAUGAACACGACGCUGGACCAGGACUCGGCCAGCGCCGAGCUGACCGUCGUCGAGGCCACGCCGACGCCAGCUCUUGUCAACGAGCGACCCGAACCGCCGACCGACCUGGAGCUGACGGACCACAAAAAGAGGAGUGUUCAACUCACCUGGAUUCCCGGCGAUGAGCACAACAGUCCUAUUCAGACAUUUGUGAUCCAGUAUGAAGACACACUCCACCACCACAGAGGUCACUGGCACAACCUUACCGAAGUCCCCGGAACUAAAACCACAGCCCACCUGAAGCUGUCCCCCUACGUUCACUACACCUUUCGAGUCCUCGCCGUCAAUUCCAUGGGCGUCAGCCGGCCCAGUUUCCCCUCCAAGAUGUAUAAAACCGAACCUUCAGCUCCAGAUGAGAACCCAACAGAUGUACGUGGAUUUGGAACAGAACAUGACAAUCUUGUCAUCUCAUGGAAGCCACUGUCCGGCCUCCAGGCCAACGGGCCAGGACUCCAUUACCGAGUGAUGUGGAGGCAGAAGAUGACGGACAGCGAGUGGAUCGUGGCGACCGUAGCCAACAACUCCAAGUUCAUUGUGUCCAGAACGCCCACGUUUGUUCCGUACGAGCUCAAAGUUCAGGCUGUGAAUGACUGCGGAGCAGCGCCCGAGCCCGCCGUUGCCGACGGCCACUCUGGGGAGGAUUUGCCGGUCGCCGCUCCGGAGUCCGUGCAGGCGUACGUGUUGAACAGCACCCUGGUGGAGGUUCACUGGGAGCCCGUGCCUCAGAAGCUAAUACGCGGGUACCUCAAAGGCUACAAGGUGUACUACUGGAGAGAGCGCAGCCUGCACAAGCAUAACCCCCAUCACGCAGAGAAGCAGAUCCUGACAUUCAGCGGCAACCACAGCAAGGGGAAACUUCCCGGCCUGCAUCCCGUCAGCCUCUACUCGUUUAACGUCAGGGUAUUUAACGGAAAGGGAGACGGCCCACCGAGUCGCAACCAGCAGUUUGAGACCCCCGAAGGAGUUCCCAGCGCUCCUUCCUCCCUGACGGUGACCAACCCCAGUUUGGACUCCUUAAGCCUCGAGUGGAACCCUCCUCGCGACCGGAACGGACUCUUGACUGGAUACACCCUCAAAUACCACCCGGUCAAUAACUCCAAUGAGCUGGGCCCAGAGGAGGAGCUGGCCCUGGCCGCCAAUGAGACCUCGGUCACUUUGCGCAACCUCAAGUACAGCACGCGCUACAAGUUUUAUUUGAAUGCCAAAACGCGCAAGGGGGCCGGCCCGGCCGUUACGCAGGAGGCGGUCACCGUCGUGGACGAAGCUGUGGCGAGCCGGCAGGUGGACAUCGCGACGCAGGGUUGGUUCAUCGGCCUCAUGUGCGCCAUCGCCCUCCUCAUCCUCAUCCUCCUCAUCAUCUGUUUCAUCCAGAGGAACAAAGGAGGCAAAUAUCCAGUGAAAGAAAAGGAGGACGCUCACACCGACCCGGAGUUCCAGCCCAUGAAAGACGAAGACUGCACUUUUGGGGAAUACAGCGACAAUGAGGACCAUAAACCGUUAAAAGGGAGCCGCACGCCGUCGAGCGGUACGGUUAAGCGGGACGACAGUGACGACAGUUUAGUAGACUACGGGGAAGGAGGAGACGGCCAGUUCAACGAGGACGGCUCGUUUAUCGGCCAGUAUAGCGGAAAGAGCACCGGCCGGGACGCCGCCGGCCCCGCCGCCGAGGGCCACGAGAGCUCCGAGGCGCCGUCCCCGAUUAACGCCAUGAACUCCUUGAACUCCUUCGUUUAGCUUCAAGGUCCACAGGAAAAAAAAAAAAAAAAAAAAAGGACGUGCAUGUUGUCGUUGGGACACCUUCACCGAGACACUUUUAGAAGACAAUAACCGAACGCCUUUACUAUUAAAUAUCUGCUCUUGACACUUCACCGAUACGAUUUGCUUUCCAGUCCUUUAAAAAGUGGCCAAUAUGUUUUAUCGAUCAUUUCUGCGCAACAUCCACUCGAUAUGGCCUCCUCGCCCGCAAGUUCUGCUGCAUUCAUUUAGAUUUUUUUUUUGGGAAGGACUUUGACAUCAAUCAAUCGCUUUUCUGCUACCCCAAAGUUCCUCGGCAAAUAUUGUUUAUAAACAUUCUGAAGAGGUCCGUUUGCUUGUAUGUUCACACUAUGGCUGCCAUGUUUUUAUUUUUCGCACAAAGUAAAUUGUAAACAUAUUCAGUUGCCAUAACACCCAUGCCCACCAUUAAUAAUAUUUUCGUCUUAACAGUCCUGUGCAUUGGUCGAGGCCCACGCUUAGAUUUGUGGCUUCAUCAAACUUCUUUUGGCUAAAUUAGCCUGACGCAUUCAUAAAUGCUCUUUUCAAUUGAAUUAUACAAUAAUUGUUGGUUACAAGCCGAUUCCUGUUAACUUUCCCCACCGAAAAAGCGCCAGAGGAAGUGGACUUGUGUUCAUUAGUUAGUUAGUUAGUUCAGAAACAUUUCGGCAUCAGCUAGUUAGCAGGAUGAACUGAAAGCGACUCAACAAUUUCCACAAAACUUUUGAGAUUGUUUCAUUGCUAAUCCCACAACAACUAAUUUUCUUUCCUCCACAAAUUGGUUCCUUGGUUCGUUGACUAUCUGUUACUGAGCGAUGCAAGAACUAUAGAACCCCUUGCUAGUUGCUGUGGUGGCUAGCUUGCUAGUUGACAAGUUAGCUAGUGGUGGAACAAGCUAUUUAUUGCAUGGGUCCUAAACAGGAUUACACCACUUGGUUAGCUACCUACUUGUCAUCACGUUAGUUAGUUAGUUAGUUAGUUAGUUAGUUAGUUAGUUAGUUAGUUAGUUAGUUAGUUAGUUAGUUAGUUAGUUAGUUGAUUGGUUGCAUGUGAGUUCACAAACAAGCUAGCCAUUUCAGCAUAAUCUAGUUAGCAGAAUGAUGUGAAAACCACUCAACAAUUUCCACAAAACUUUUGAGAUUGUUUCAUAACAACUAAUUUUGUUUCCUCCACAAAUUGGUUCCUUGGUUAGUUGACUAUCUGUUACUGAGCGAUGCAAAAACUAUAGAACCCCUUGCUAAUUUCUGUGUUGGCUAGCUAGCUAGUUGACAGGUUAGCUAGUGGCCGAACAAGCUAUUUAUUGCAUGGCUCCUAAACAGGAUUACACCACUUGGUUCGCUACCUACUUGUCAUCAUGUUAGUUAGUUCGAUAGUUAGUUAGUUAGUUGCUUGGUUGGUUGCAUGUGAGUUCACAAACAAGCUAGCCAUUUCAGCAUAAUCUAGUUAGCAGAAUGAUGUGAAAAUCACUCAACAAUUUCCACAAAACUUUUGAGAUUGUUUCAAAACAACUAAUUUUGUUUCCUCCACAAAUUGGUUCCUUGGUUAGUUGACUGUCUGUUACUGAGACAGGCGACACAAAAACUAUAGAACCCCUUGCUAGUUGCUGUGUUGGCGAGCUAGCUGGCGGUAGCGGCCAAACAAGCUAUUUAUUGCAUGGCUCCUUAACAGGAUUACACCGCUUGGUUAGCUACCUACCCAAACCUAACCCUAACCAGGAAGUAGCCUGCUAACUCAAAAUCGAUACAAACGCGGUGGAAAAACCACAAAGCUGGUGGCGACCUGAGACCUCUGCAGAGUGCCGUACUGUACUUAUCAAGCCGAGCAUUGCUGGCGUGCAGCGCUUUCCGCGUUCCCCAUCAUGAUCGUUGCAUGGCCUGCCUGUCACGUGACCAUCCAAAAUACGCACGCGUCCUCCGCUUCACGAUGUCCUCGUGUCUUUUGUCCACAGAGCAGGGCAGCGGUACGUUCGACAUUCACGACAAAGCAACACGUAACAUUCGAAUUUUACUGAGUUACAUUUUUGCUAGGUUUUGAUUGAUUUAUAUAACAGUUCCACUAAGGUUGGUGUUUGUUUUGGGUCACUUCUGCGGUGUCAAAGACAAGUUUAUGGUUUUUGUCUUUAUUUUUUUUUAGUUUUCGCUUGAGGCAGGACCCAUAAGACGUGGGUGUGGAUCUGGAUAAAUGUGCAGAUACACGAUUUUGUUGCAUUUUUAUUCCCGGGCAGAGGUAAACGCUUAACUUUAUUUCAGCAGCACGGCAUGAAGUUUUCGACGCAGUGGGGGCUGUUUUUGUCUUUGGCAGUGUGUUUAGUGAUUAUAUUCUUUUUUGGGCACUCGGCCACAUCACAUCCUUUGAAUAACCUUACUGGACUGUAUUAAAACAAAUAUUAUCACAUUUAGGUAUUCUGAAUGUAUGCAUCAUUAUUCAUUUUCUACAAUAAUGAUAAUAAUAAUAAUAACAAUAAUGUGUUGAUUUAUACUAACAACGCUUCUUGACAGCCUUUAGAUGGGAUCAAGGUUUUUAUUUUUUUUUCUUAACUUGCAUCAAGUUUGACUUUCUGUGUAUUGUUAUGAUGAUGAUGAUGAUGAUGAUGACUUGUAGAAUAUUUUGUUGAAAUAUGUAAAUAUUCCUUCAAGUGGAUUGUACAUAGCUUGCGAGCAAGGCGACAUUGUGCAUGAGUUCUAAUGUUCAUAGAACUGUAUUAAAUGUAGAGAAUAUAUAUAAAUAUAUAUAAAUAUACGGUAAUCCUUUUUCUUUUUUUUUUGCUGUGCAUUGUGUACAUAUGUUGUUCUGUAAUGAAAUGGACAAAUACAAAUCAUAUACGCCUGAUUUUAUUUGAUUUUUUUUUUUUCAGAUUUUGCUCAUCAGGUUGACAUAUU